AUGCCGCUACAAAACCUGGUAGCGAAAAGUAAGUUUUCCAAACCUUUUUCUGCGUUGUUCCGAUGAAAUCUCUUCAGAAAUCUUUGAGGAUGUCAUCCGACCAUUAAAAACGGACGAAAAUGGGAAACAGCAAUGGAAUGUGCUGGUUUUGGACAAGUUUUCGUCGAAAAUGGUUUCUUGUUGCUUGAAAAUGAGCAAUUUGACUGAGGGUUCGCACUAAUGAAAAUCUGGAAGAUUCAUUUUUGGUUUCAGAAAAUAUUUCAACAGUGGAGGAUUUGCACAAAAAACGGCAGCCGAUUCGAAAUUUGGACGUUAUUUAUUUAGUCUCACCAACGGCUGAAUCGGUUUUUCAUGUUGAAAAAAAUUGGGAAGAAAUUCUCAUGCAGAAAGUUCUCGAACAUUUUUUUCGUUAAAGAAAUUUCUAGAUUUCAAUUUAAAGAUUGAAGCGUUCAAAGAAUUGAAUUCAAUGAGAAAAAUGUGUUUCAAGAGGGCAAUUUUAAUCUGAAAGCUUCAAAGAACUCUAAAAAAAUAAGAAAAAGUUUUAUUUUCAUUAACUUUUUGAAACGUUCGAUGAAGUUGAAUCACUGCUGCAAAAAAAUCAUGAAAUCAUUAUAUUUAAAAAAGUUCCUUUCAAACAAAUAGACACAAAAGAGAUCAGUGGGAUUUUCUUCCGUCCAAACUUGAGAAAUAUGUGAAAAUUUUCAUUUUUUUCAGAUAAAAAAAUAAUAAAUGACGAUUUCCACCCGAUGGCCAAGUACAAAAAAGCUCACAUUUUUUUCACAACACCUUGUUCGGACACUUUAUUUCGAAAAUUGGCUCAAAGGUUAUAAAUUUCUUGCUGUGUUGUUUAAAGGCGCAGAGAUAAAGGUCUCGAGAAGAAGAGCCAUUUUUAGUCAUUUGGGGCCGCGCCUUUAAAAAACGCAGAAUGAGUAUUUAUAAUACAAUAAUUUUCCAGCCGCGUUUCAAGCUUCAUCAAAACGCUAAAAGAAAUCAAUUUGGCGUUUCUACCCGUUGAGAGCCAAGUUUACACGAAAAUUAUUUUACCUUAAAGACAAAUUUCUCAGGUUUUCUCGCUUAAUUUACCUGAAGUCUUUCCGUCGUUCUUUGGUAGUCAACGGUCCCCGAAAUAUCGAGCUCCGAAAUUUGAUGAGAAACUUGGAAAAAUGGCCGAACAAAUUGCGACUUUGUGUGUUUUGUUGGAGGAAUAUCCGGCCAUCAGGUUGUGUUUUUGUCAUAAUCUGAUGACGAAAUCUUUAAAGGCGCAGAGAUUAAUACACAAAAGGGUACUAACGCGAAAUUUUCUUCAUGCGCCUUAUAGGACUUCGGAAUAAUUUUUUGAAGAAAGAAACUUGAAAAAACCAUUUUUUUUACGAUGGAGAAGUUUCAUUUCUACCAGAAAAAAUUCCAUACAUCUUGUCUCUGAAAUUUUUUUAAUGGAAAAGAAACUCUACCGAAAAAUCAUGCAUUUUUUUCCCGAACAAUUGAUCAAGUUGUGAAAAAAAUAAAUUUCUUGACCGUCUUAGAUAUUCGAAUUUUUUUCAGAAAAAUUGUUCUUUUUCAUCAUGGUCAAAGCCUGGAAAGUUAAUUUUUUUCUCUUUUUACCUUGGAGAUUUUUAGUAAGAAGAAGUAUUCCAAAAUGAAGUACGUUUCGAAGGAAUGAUUUAAUCUCCGUUCAAAGUUUUAUUUAAUGGGCGGUCAAUUUUUUAACUUUAUUAAUGAUUCCAAUCAUAGCUGGACCCCUCUAUUUCUUUCAGUUUCUUCAUAAAAAUUGAGAAGGCUUUCUUGAGUUUUUAAAAGCACAUGUUAGUUUCAAGACCCUCUUUGCGCCUUUAAAAAUUUUCAAAAAAUUCCAGAUGCCGCCGAUUAUGCGAUAAUAACAUUGAGUUAUGUAUUCAAAUCGAGGAAAAGCUUCAGAAUUACAAAAAAGACUACCCGAAUAUGGGAAAAGGCUACGAGAAAUCCAGAAGCCAACUGAUUAUCGUUGGUUUGUUUUACUGGACUCGAUUCAAAAAAUUUCGUAAAAGUUGAAUUUUGGACCCUUUUUAAUCUCUUUUUGAGCUCGAAAUUCCGAUUCGUAUUGAAAAAUUGGGUCCAAUUCAAUUACUUUAAAAAAAAUUUCAAGUUUUUUUCUUUUUUUCACACAAUUUCUUCUGAAAGUUUGAAGAUUUUUUUCAGAAAUCAAUGGUAACUUUAAAUUUUGAAUAGAUAUCUCAUUUUCUUCUAGAGCUCCUCAAGAUUCCAACAAAAUGGGUCUCAAAAAGAAAAAGAGAAACGGUCGAACUUUCCAGACCGCGGAUUCGAUUUCAUCACACCUCUUCUCCACGAAAUGACUUACCAGGCCAUGGCUCAAGAUUUAUUAACUUUGAAUGAAGACGUCUAUACUUUUUGUCAAUGAUAGAGGAGUCAAAAAGGAGGUUCAAAUACACUGAAAAUUGAAAAAAUGCUCUUUUUCAGUCAAUUUUGGACGAAAAUGACCCGAUUUGGCUGGCAAUGCGCCAUAAUCACAUCGCCGUCGUAUCUGCUCAUGUUUUUAAUCCUCAUUUUCAUUUUCCAAUCAUUUGAAUUAUUGUCAGGUCGGCUCAAAAAUGAAGGAACUCCAAGGAAGGGAAGUGGCCAAGAUGAAGUCAGCGAAAGUCAAGGAGAUUUCGAAUAUCAUGAAGAGUUUGCCGGCCCAUCAGAGAAUCGUCCAGAAUUUCAGGUUUCUUUCAUUUCAAUGUGAACAAAGAACACGUUUUUCUUUUCAAAGCGCAUUUAUUAAAGCAACAAAAACCCGAGUACAACUGUGA